AAGAGGCUUGAAUCAUAUCCUGACUGGAUAAGCAACAAAGAGAAAAUUGGUUGCUGACAUGAACCACUGGAAUGCUGUUGUUAACAGGUCCUAUCUCAAUGGAUUGGGCAUUAACUGGCCGAGCAUCCGAAAUGUAAUGGACAUGAAAACCAUCUAUGGAGGAUUCGCUGCUGCUCUCUCUCGGUCUCAACCGAAUGUCUGGGUGAUGAAUGUAGUACCUGUUCACGCGCCGGACACACUUCCCAUCAUUUUUGAACGCGGCCUAAUUGGUGUCUACCAUGAUUGGUGUGAGUCAUUCGGUACUUACCCAAGAACAUAUGAUCUUUUGCAUGCUGAUCAUUUAUUCUCACGGCUCAAAAACAGGUGCAAGCAACCUGUAUCUAUUGUUGUUGAGAUGGACCGAAUGUUAAGGCCUGGAGGAUGGAGUAUCAUACGUGACAAAGUUGAAAUUCUUAAUCCAUUGGAAGAAAUACUUAGAAGCAUGAAAUGGGAGAUAAGAAUGACCUUUGCUCAAGACAAAGAGGGUAUCUUAUGUGCACAGAAAACUAUAUGGAGGCCUUAAAUUAUUAAUCUUCUUCCUUAUAUGCAUCAUACAUCAAAGUUUCUUCCUUCUACCACACCAUAGAAAUCACAAAAAUAGCCAAUUCGGCUUAAAACAUCAAGACCUUCAUUCAUUCAAAUUAAAGAGUGAAAAUUUGACGGUGAAAACUCACGUGCAUUUAUUUUUGUGUGAAGAUGAUAAGUUAAAAAUUAUUAGAUGAUACUAUUAUCUUCAUAUAAAGACAACUGCAUGUGAAUAAUCACCAAAAUUGAUGAGGGGGUUUUUUCAUAGUCAUUCUCCAUCUAACAAAUUCA